AUGAAGACGGCCAUCCUCAUCGCCCUCGGCCCUCGCCAUCGCGCAACCCGCACCUUCCUCCUCGUCGCCGUCUCCGCCACCACUCUCCUCCUUUACUCUCUCUACUCAUCCUCCUUCUCAUUCUCCCACUCUCUCGAUGUCAUUCGCUCUACCUUCUCUCCCCCCGCCCGCAUCCGCGCAUCCUGUCCCCCCACCGCCUGGGCAGCUGGAGCUUGGACUCCAAAGGCAGAGUACACCCUCCCCUCGCGCGUGGACGGCCCUUGGCCAGACGAUGUCAUCGUCACUCGUCCCGACGACAUGCGCAUGCACAGUCCCGCCGACGCCCUCGCAUUUGCCGGCUUCGAGGGCUGCGCGAGCAACCGUGAAUUUUACUGGCAUCUGGCCUCCGACAGGGAAGACAUUUGGGAUCGUUGGCCCGGCGUCACCAGCUGGCAAUGGACGCCUGGCGAGGGCUGUGAUUCUGUCCGCCCCUUCAGUGGUCCGGCGAUCGUCAAGGACCUGGUCGAAAAUGGUGGCUGGCUGUUGAUCGGAGAUUCUGUCACGGAAAACCAUUUCUUCUCACUGUCGUGCGUGCUCUAUCCCCACGUGCGCGCGACACCGGACUACUCGGCUGGAGGCGGAUUCGACCGUGCUUGGCCACAGAACUUGUACCUGAAUGCAUCCUCACCAUUGAUCCCGCACCUGAAACUGCCCAAAGAUUUCGACAUUGCUACGACGCCGCUGGUGACGUUCCGGCGAGUAGAUCUGCUAUUGGAACAGGCGGAGCUCGAGGAACUGUACGCGGAGCGCACCAAAGGCGUGCCCGAGGGUGAACGACGAGCGCUGUUUAGCGAAGAGCAGUUCUGGAGCCUAAGUCCCACAUUUUAUGUACGGGAGCUAUUCCUAGAGAAAGCGCCGGUAGCGCACUACAGCACCUUGGUGAUAAGCACGGGUGGACACUGGACGACGACGCUCAUGGCAGGCUUUGCGGAUGCAUCAGCGCGAGGCGGAGGUAUCGACGGGGUGCUAGACUUCUUUGGUGCGGCAAUGACACGAUGGGCGGAGCAAGUACAGGAAAUGUUGGACGAUUAUGCACGCACGGCGGGCAGGGCAGAGCGGGGCACAAAGCAAGUUGUUGUCAGAGCGUAUUUGCCAGGCCACGAAGAUUGCCAUGACGAACGCGAGCCGUGGACGGAGUGGAAACCGUUUGUGUGGAAUUGGUACAACUGGGGAAGCAUCGGAGAGUUCAACCAACUAUUCGAGGACGUGCUGGAGAAAGACUCGAACGCGUACCCAGAUAUUCACUUCUUGCCGAUCGAUCGCCCGGCGCUGCUUCGCCCUGAUGCACACUCCUCGGGAGACUGUCUGCAUAUCAUGACAGGUGCAGGCGUCCUCGAGGGCUGGACGCAUUACAUCUGGCACUAUGUCACGCGCGAGCUUCCAGGGCGUAUUCGCUGA